ACUGUGUACAUUUCGCAAUACAUUACACUGCAUUUCUUCCUGUUACACCUGUCCACCUUUUCUCCUAAUUUACUUCGUCAAAAUGGGCAAGGCCGAGGCAAGAACAUUUGUCAACGCACAAAUUGCGUCCAAAAAAGUCGUUGUGUUCUCAAAAACCUAUUGUUCGUACUGUAAAAUGGCAAAACAAGCCCUGAAAGAUGUUGGUGCGGAUUUCCUUCUCCUUGAACUGGAUAACCGACCUGAUUGUGAGGACGUUAUGGAUGUCCUCAAGGAAAUGACAGGAGGCAGGACGGUUCCGAGGGUUUUCAUUGAUGGGAAGUUCGUUGGAGGAGGUUCGGAGAUGAAGAGCAUGAAAGCAUCAGGUGAACUGCAGAAGAUGGUCAAAGCAUGAGGGAUCUGAGCCCAGGCAUGGCUUCAGGGAACAGAAAUAAACAUACUAUACUUUAUGCAAAAGUCUCUGAAUGCUUCUUCAAGGAUGGACUGUAUCUUCACAAAGUCUAGUCUCUGCUUUGGUCUGGCAUUUUAUAAGUCUUCUAUGUUACUUCCAGCUACAGCGACUGUGGGAAGGAACCAUGUCAUGUGUGAUUUAAAUGUUAAAAUCAAAACUUAAUCAGUCUUAUUGAGGUCCAUAGCCUAAAAAUGGCAUGGCUAUAGCCAUGAACCUUUUUGGGUCUGCUCUUUCAGGGCAGAUCAUGAGACCAAGAGGCAAAUCCAAAUGGAGACCAUGAUAAUUCAAGAUGUUUAUAUUUUUACUGAUUACUACUGAUUCACAUUCAACUGGUCGGCUGUUUCUGCCAUUAACACAUUGUACUUUGUGUGCCUUUAAGAAUUGCAUGUAGCCUUCUUGCCAACACAGUUUUCCUUCCAAGACUAGUCUCAAAAUGCAUAUGAACAUAUAAGAUUAUGAAUUAAUUUUUAAAAGUUCU